GACCAGUCGUCUCAAUUCUUGUCCACAUAACUACUUAGUCAAAAUCCUAAAGUACCUAAUUUUAAUUUUUAUUUCGACUAUCUGCGCUCUAUUUGUGCUGCAAAUAUGGAUUCCAAGGAAUUCCGUGAAUUUGGUAAAGCUGCCAUCGAUUUAAUUGCUGAUUACAUGGAUAAUAUUCGAGAGAGGGAUGUGUUGCCAUCGGUGGAGCCCGGUUAUUUGCUGAAGAUGUUGCCUGAAAAUGCGCCUGAACAGCCAGAAGAAUGGAAAGAUUUGAUACAAGAUUUCAACCACGCCAUUAUGCCUGGGAUAACGCACUGGAGCUCUCCGCGGUUCCACGCGUACUUCCCGGCCGGCCACUCGUACGAGAGCAUCGUCGGCAACAUACUCAGCGAUGGACUCGGCGUUAUUGGAUUCAGCUGGAUAUCGAGUCCGGCGUGCACGGAGCUGGAGGUGGUGAGCAUGAACUGGCUCGGGAAGCUGCUGGGGCUGCCCGAGGAGUUCCUCAACUGCUCCGACGGACCGGGCGGAGGCGUCAUCCAGUGUACUGCUAGCGACUCAACUCACUUAACCCUCCUUGUGGCUAGAGACAAGACGAUCCGGAGGCUGCUGGCGGCUGACCCCGCGCAGUCGGAGGGCGAGUUGGCUGCGCGCCUCGUCGCAUACACCUCCGACCAGUGCAACUCCUCUGUAGAGAAGGCCGGCUUACUCGGGAACAUGAAGAUGAGACUACUCAAAGCAGACAGCAACGGAAGGUUGCGAGGAGAAACCGUCAAACAAGCUUUCGAUGAAGAUAUCGCCCAAGGCCUGAUCCCAUGCUACGUUGUCGCCAACCUUGGCACCACAGGAAUCUGCGCCUUCGAUCCGUUGUAUGAAAUAGGACCAGUCUGCAAUGAAGCUAACGUGUGGCUGCAUGUCGACGCUGCGUACGCAGGAGCUGCCUUCAUCUGCCCAGAAUACAGACACUUGAUGAAAGGGGUGGAAUAUGUAGACUCCUUUGACUUCAACCCUCAUAAAUGGUUACUUGUUAACUUCGACUGCUCUGCGAUGUGGGUGAAGAGGGGAUACGAUCUUGUAAAUGCCUUCAAUGUGCAGAGGAUUUAUUUAACAGACACCGAUACUAAUGUGAAAGUGCCAGACUACAGACACUGGCAGAUGCCGCUCGGUCGCAGGUUCCGGGCCCUCAAGUUGUGGACGGUGAUGAGGCUGUAUGGGGCUGAGGGUUUGAGGAAAUACAUCAGAAACCACAUUAGCCUCGCACUCCAUUUUGCCAACUUGGUGAGGUCUGACGACCGCUUCCUGGUGGAGCCAGAGCCGUCCAUGGGCCUGGUCUGCUUCCGUCUGAGGGACGGAGACUCGACCACGAAGCUCCUGCUCGAUAAUCUAACAGCUAAGAAGAAAUUGUACAUGGUUGCGGCCACAUAUCAAUCUCGAUUUAUCAUUCGAUUCGUUGUCUGUUCGAGAUUAACUACCAAAGAAGAUAUCGAAUACAGUUGGAAUAAAAUAAAAGAGGAAGCUGACCUCCUCAGGCCAAAUAAAAUAAGAAUACCUGCUAUCAAUCCUAUACAAGUCCACUCAUGUGAAAAAUUAAAGUAAACAGUCGCAUAUCCAACACAUAGUAACAAGCGUGUAAUGUUGCUCUAGCUAAAUAAUGCGGCACUCUGAAUAGAUAGGAAAAUGGUCGACUUCGUAACGAACCUCCGAUCAUUCGCAAAUUCGCAACAGAAAGUGGUUGCAUUUUUAAAUAAGAAACAGAGCUUCAGCUGCAAAAGUUUUAGUUUUUAGUGUAAUGUUCCUUGAUGUGCAUCUUAAAAGCAAUAUGCAGCAUUUUGGGAUUCCUUUCACAGAUAAGUUGACUAAUAAGAGUAAUUAGUAGGAUGCAAUAACCUAAUUCGUGUGCAGAAUAUACCCAAAUAUCAAAUACCAGUCUAAAUCAUAUUUAUUUAUUUAAAUUUAAAAUUAUUAUUUUACACUUUACAAUCGAUAAUCUUCUAUUAUUAUUUAUUGUC